AUCGCGGUCCCCACGAUGCUCCGGUUGCUGAUGCUCUGCGGGGCGCUGGGCUGCGGGGCAGAGCGGGCAGCCCCGCUCGCCUUCACCAUGCUACAUUGGACCCACGUCUCCAAGGGCAACUCCGUCUUCUGGGGGAACGCCAGCCUGGACGGGCAGCUCAGCCACCUCCUGGAGGGGCUUAACGUCACCCAGGUGCUGCCACUGGAGCCCCCGGACGCCUGGGCCAGGCGGCAGCAGGAGGUGACCACCUACCUCAGCUACUUCAGCCAGCUGGUGAAGCUCUUCACCAAGGAGAGGCCCAUUGGCUACACCCAGAGCCUGUCCUGCCACCUGGGCUGCCAGCUCUUCCCCAACGGCACGUCCCACAGUUUCUACGAGGUGUCCCUCAACGGGACGGCUUUCCUCAGCUUCCACGUCCCCAAUGCCACCUGGGAGCGGCGCUGGCCCGGCCGCGACAAGGUGGCCACCUUUGCCAAGAAGGAGCUGAUGAAAUACCCCAUGACCACCCAGGAUCUCCAGCAUUUCCUCAACAUCACCUGCGUUGACAUCCUGCGGGCUCAGAGCGCCGCGACGGGAAAACAGAGCAGCCGGUCGCACGCUGCGUUGGUGCUGGGCCUGAUCCUGGGGACCUUCGCCUUGCUGGGCAUGGCCGUGGGGAUCUUCCUGUGCACGGGAGGGAGCUGCUAGCGGAGCCGGCAGCCGCCCCACGUCACCCUGUGGAGCCGGGGGACGGACCCAUCGUCACCCCGCGGAGGCAGGGACCGAGGCCACGCUCCGCAAGGGAUGCAUCUCCCCAGUGCCGCUGGCUUUGCUCCCAAAGGACACCGGUGGCUUCCCGGCCCCGGCUGGGUGACCCCCCCCAGCAGCAGCAGCGGCACCCUGUCCCGGGGACGGUCCCCACACCGGGCUGGCGCGAUGCUCUGAGACGUAACACAGAGAUACGCUUGGCACGGAUGGAAAAAAAUGGGGAAGAGGGGUGGGGAGGGAAAGUGGUGGGAGAAACAAGCAAGAAGGGGUUAAAAGGACGGCACUGAAACCCGCUUUGUCCCUGUUCCAGUGGGGACAGGUGCCCAGGAGGGAGGAUGGCACACCUUGGUGGCACUGCU